AUGUUACAUGCCAAAAAUAUACUCAAGGUUCUCUGCGCAUCGAAUCUAGGCUGGGACGACCCAGUUCCUGAUGAACUAGCGAAAAGAUGGGCUCUCUGGAUCAAUGACAUGUACAAAUUGUCCGAAUUCUCAGUGACUAGAUGCCUAAAACCAGCAGGUUUCGGUGAGGUAAAGUCGGCUACUUUGCAUCACUUCUCGGAUGCUAGUGAGAUUGGCUACAGUAUCGUCAGUUUCAUAAGAUUACUCAAUAAAGAUAAUCGUGUUCACUGUGCCUUUGUGAUUGGCAAAUCUCGCGUUGCUCCAAUGAAGCAAAUAACAGUACCUAGAUUGGAGCUUACGACAGCAACAGUCGCGGUGCGAACUGACAAGAUGUUAAAGUCAGAAAUUGACAUUAAAUUAGACGAAUCCGUGUUUUGGACAGAUAGUAUGGCUGUACUACGGUUUAUUGAAAACAGUUCUGCAAGGUUCCAGACCUUUGUGGCUAACAGACUUUCUGUGAUUCAUGAUGGUUCAAAUCCUGAGCAAUGGCGCUAUAUUCCAACCAAGAUAAAUCCUGGCGAUAUCGCCUCCAGGGGCAUAACGGUAGAUGAGUUAAACAAGAGCUGGAUCGUAGCACCAGACUUCCUAUGGAAAGAUGAAAGUAAAUGGCCCGCAGAUCGUGUGAACCAAACGAUAUCAAAUGACGAUCCAGAAGUAAAAAAGGUUAAUUUUGUGAAAUAUCGCGCUGACAACGUACUGUCACCAGAUGCACGUGAAGUGCUCGAUAAACUGAUAUCAUAUCUCUCGUCGUGGUAUAAACUGAAAAGGGCUGUAGCAUGGAUCUUAAAGAUUUGCGAAAAACUUCUUCACAGAGCUAAGACAAAAGGGGUUAGUGUUGCAGUUCCUAGCAUUAGUGAAAAGAAACCAUAUGUCACGUUUGAUGAUUUGAAGCACGCGGAAAUGAGUAUUUUACGUUACACCCAGAAAUGUGCCUUUCCGGAAGAAAUUGAAACACUGACAAACAAUGAAUCUACAUGUAGAUUAAAGCGAAACAGUGUCAUACGAAAUUUAGACCCAAUUAUGGAAGAUGGACUUUUACGCGUUGGAGGCCGUUUACAAGACUCCGCAAUGCCUGAAGAACGUAAACAUCCAGUCAUUCUACCUAAAAAUUAUGACGUGUCUAAACUGAUUUUAAGAGAAAUUCAUGAACGUUUGAAUCAUGUUGGCCGAAAUCAUACAUUAUCAGUCCUCCGUGAAAAGUACUGGCUUAUAAAUGGGCCAUCCGCGGUAAGGAAGGUGAUUUCAAAAUGUGUAGUUUGUCGGCGUCAAAAUGCAAGUGUCGGAGAACAAAAGAUGUCGAAUUUGCCUAGAGACAGGGUUACUCCUGAUGAACUACCAUUUACUCGGGUUGGUGUUGACUAUUUUGGACCAUUCGAAGUCAAACAAGGCCGAAGUUUAGUGAAAAGGUACGGGGUAUUAUUUACAUGUUUGACCAGUCGAGCUAUUCAUCUUGAAGUGGCUGCUUCGCUCGAUACUGAUUCCUAUAUAAAUGCAUUAAGACGUUUUAUCGCGCGUCGUGGUCAAGUUACUACUAUCAGGUCUGACAAUGGUAGUAAUUUUGUUGGUGCGGAAAGGGAGCUUAAAGCUUCAAUUCAAGAAUGGAACAUAAAUCGUAUUCAGGAUACGUUACGGCAAAAGCACGUUGACUGGAAGUUCAUUCCGCCUGCAUGA